UCAGGCCCGUACUGUGUAGCUGCAUACCUCUUCUGUUACGUGGAGCUUGUGUCUUUGUGUUACACGCGUAUCCGUGAGUUUACUUACUAUCCGUUAGCUGCUGGGUGACUAUCGUGACCCCCAGUGACCUCGUGCGACGCUCCUCAGGCUUUCAAAGCCCAAAGGCAGACAACUCGUGCAGUACAAGAUGUGCAGGUGACAAGCCAGGGCCCAUGGCGUCGUAUAUUUUCAAAUCUUGAUCGUCGACUACGAGGGCUCUCUGACAGUAUAUUUUUAAACUUAGUGGUUGUCAAACACAACAGGACAUGGAAGGUCUGUGGAGAAUAGCUCGACAGUGUUAGGAGGUGUGGUUGAGCAUUUGUUCGUCCUUUAACAGUCGACAGGUGUGCCAGGCCGGUGUGUCCUACGAGUUAAGAUGUCGACGUCGCGGUUUCUCGCUGCUGUCGGACUACCUGUGCUUGUGUCUCUGCUGCUGACGGAGGUAAACUGUGCCUGUGACCCAAGCGGAGGGCCUGCGGGAAACGUCGGUUGUAUACGGUCAUCCCUUUAUAACAACCAGUAUCAGUAUGCAACGUGUCAUACCAACAGUUACAUCCUCCAGAAGUCGAAAGGAGUUCACUUCUGUCUGAGCGGUGCUUAUUAUUGCUACUAUCAGUGUAUGCUGGAAGUGUAUGACAAGGAGAGUGGGGCUGUCAGCUCGGACUGUCAAUGCACUUCGACUUCGACCCCAAGUCCUACCCUCUCCUCAGAGUGCUAUAGUCCUUCCGGCACGGACUGUGGCUGGUACCUGACAUGUUUGGAGAGAAAACUAGGAUGCUCAGGGGGACUUGACUCUUACGUCAUGGCGUUUUCCCAGAAGUUAUGCGCCCUUGCUGAAGGAAAGGACACGGGCGUUACAGAGACUGGACUAAAAUGGCUGAACGCCACCAGAAGAUGUAUCCAAGUGGAACUGGCACCAUUGCUGCUACCUUAUGAAAGCUUCACGUGCUCUGACGUCAGCGCGCAUGCGUACGAGAAGCAGGCAGGCUGCUAUUCAAAACCGUAUCAAAGUGAUUAUGGAAUAUGCAGGUGUCGUCUGCUGACUUUUGGAAGAUUUUCUGGAGGACCAGGGACAUCUUGGGUAUGAGUUUCGUGGAGAGCCUUCUGGGACUCCUGAGAACGAGAUUGAGCUGCACGGGUGACCUGUCCUUCGAUCCCACCAUGUACUUGAUGAACAUCAGAUUGAAACUUCCCCUCUCUCGCCGGAAGCGUGAUGUAUCACCUGUCUCCAGGCCUUUCAUCAAUCAAGAGAGUUUGGAGAAGACUCCAUUUGUCAUGGCGACCACACUCAAGCGUCACUCUCGUCACGUGUCCGACACGAGAUCAUCGCGAGCUCGACGUGCUACAACCGACGGCGUGUGGCUGGGGGAGACCAACCAGCAGCGCCUUUACCACGACCUGGCGAACAAGGGGGCGCUGUCUAUCAGCAGACUGCUGGGCUGGGAUGUACAAGAAGUUCUGUGGUUUGCUUACGGCACCAAAACGCCAGACAACAAUGUUUUCAACGUGUCGCUUCUGUUUGUUGACAAACAAACCUACGGCCUGCAAAAGAACGACUGGUCACCCGAGUGAACACUAGGGAAGCUGUCAUCACGGCAGGACAAGUUCUUAGCAGGAGCGAUACAAGCAUAAUGAUUAACAAUCAGAGGGCAUGGAUGCAAAAGUUUCAAGCUUGUUCCGACAUAAACUGUCAGUUGAUAUUUUACUCAACGGAACAGACAAUCAACGUGGUGAGUAGUACACAGGGGCCGUCAAAGAUCGUCUCCACAAACGGCGCAGAGAGGUGUUGUCCCUGGGUGGUGCUGUCCCUACUCAUUGUGGCAUUUCUCGUAGUCACCUAAAACAAAAGUGAAGUACGCAAAUUGUUUUAAAGAGUUAGUUCUUCGAAAGCAGACUUUACUGAAUGAAGGAAAUUUCAUAAAAUCCUUUUGGUGAGUUUGCGGCAAUGAAGCAGCCACGCGAUUUUGGCAUCUAUGCAAAGAUUUUCUUUCUUUAGCAUUGUAAGACGCUGUGCGGGAGAAUGUAUAUACUAGGUCUGGAGUUCUUAUGGACUUCUGCUGGAAAAUAUUUUAUCUAACAUAAUAAAACAGAUUUUUUUUAAAGUGUAGAAAUAGAGGAAUACGUUGACAAUAAUGGUGUCCUAUGUUUGUUGAACUACAGUCAAUGGAAGAAUCAUAAAUGCCGUGUUUGCCGUUUUUAGUUACUCAAACAUAUCAAUAUAUAUAUACCGCGUUCAUUGUAAAAUCUUGUAUAUACUGUCAUGUAUGACAUGGUAAAUAUUUAUACGAUGAUUGUGAUGACAUUAUUUGUUCAAUUUAGAAGGUUCUUAUUGAGACCACAUUUGUUUGUUUCUCUUUAGUUUCACUAGAUUAUACAGUACCACAAAAAAUUGUAUAUCGGAAGAUUUGUUUUUACCUGAAGAUGAAUUUAACAUAUCUGUCACAUACAGUUUAGGAACAUUUCUGUGUCGACGACAUGUACUUACUCAUCAACAAACUGCGUACAUUACAGUUUUUAAACCUGUCUCUACCUUGACUCGACAUUCCACAUACUAGCUGACAUUUGACAUCUGUACUCGCGCUGUGAUGAUGCACAGGAGACUGUCAGUAUGUGACCAGAAGUACCCAGUUCUCGAAUUGUAAUUGUAAAAUCUUCAGAUCACAACAGAAAAUUGUAAUUUUUGAUAGUUCCUGGAUUGAGUGUGAAAAUUUUCUACAUACGAUGAAGCUUACUUUAAUUUCCAAAGGACGCAAAACUCAUCUGUCACUGACAGCAGAAGCAUAAUUUGUUGGCCUAUUUACUGUAAUUUUGUAAAAUAUUUUUUAUUGAAAUAUAUAAACAUGUAUUCGUACAUAAAUGUGUGUGUGUGUGAGAGAGAGAGAGUGUGUGUGUUUCGUAAAGUACAGCCUAAUGUCAGAAUUUUCUUUUUGUUCUCGCAUGAAAUGUAUGUAUUUAGCGCAUGUUUUACCCAGGUCGUUAACAAACACAGAACAAAAAUCACUUUACGCGUGUGCACAAACAGUUUCAUCAAUGCACGUAGUUUAAAAAAAACAAACAAACAAGCAAACAGCCUCUAGGUCACUUCGGAACAGUUUACUUACCAAAUCAGUAGCUGUGGAUGGAGAAUGGUACCACAGAAACGAAUAGAAGAGGCCUGGUCGUCUGCUCAAAUAACACUGAACAGUUCUUAAAAACUGAUACAUCUGUUCCUGCUUGUGCAGACAAAUUGCAAGAAAUCUGUGAUAUUGAAAACAUGCAAUUAUUAAUUUGGUUUUGUAUUUUAAAAGAAUAUGAAAUAAAAUUAUCCAAGAUAU